AUGGCGGCCGCGACUGUGGCGGGGCUCGACCUGCUCACCAUGGACCAGAGGAAGUUUGACUACUUCUCCUCCAUCAACCCCAUGGCCAAGAAGAUCAUGCAGGAGCGGGAGAAGAUCAAGAGCAAGCACGGGUCCACCUGGGACACCAUGAGUCCGGAAGAGCAGGACACCGCCAUCGACAACUGGAUGAUCGACCCUCACAUCAGAGCCAGAUACGCCAUGCACCGGGUGGAGCGGGAGGAGGUGGUGUGUUACCCCAAACUGCUCCUCCAGACGGGACAGAAGAUUGUCCACUUCGGGGAGGAGGAUAUCACUUGGCAAGAUGAGCAUUCUGCUCCCUUCUCAUGGGAAACAAGGAGCCAGUUGGACUUUAGCUUGGCUCCUGGUUCUACAGAACAGGUCAUAUGUUCCUCCCAAGCAGAUACAAAAGCUUUAAAAGGACAGCCCAACAAAACAACUACAGCAAAUAAGGUUAGUGCCUCUGAAAGCAGAAGAUCAGAGGAGGAGUCGUCCUUCUGGAAGAUCAGUGCAGAAAGGUCCAGGUUGGAAGGGGAAAAGGCUAAUUUCCAAUCUCUCACGCCGAGUCAAAUCAAAUCUUUGGAGAAGGGAGAGAAACCACUUCCUUCCUACUUACGACAGGAGACGUCUGUGAUGAAGGAGCUCGAGCCGGUGGCAGAACACCUCCCUCCUCCUCUAGCCCCCACCAAACCCGUCAAACAGCGGGCCCCGAAACCUCCCGCUCCUCAGCCUCCUGUGGCCGUCAGUCCCAUGCCCGCCUCCAUCUCCAUCUCCACCAAGCCCAGCCCCGCGCCCAUCUCCACCAAACCCAGCCCCGCCCCCAUCUCCAUCUCCACCAGCCCCAUGCCCAUCUCCAUCUCCACCAAACCUGCGCCUCCAAUCACCGUCUCCUCCUCGGUGGGGGGGUGGGAGAGGUCUCAGAGCACCCUGCCCUCGGUCAGCAACACUUCAGAUGAGGUGUUUUCCUCCAGCAUCAUGUCCAAACCUCCACCCGCCUCCAACGCCGCAGAGAAGCACAAACCGGAGGAGCCUGUGGCAGAGGAUGGGAGUCCGACAUUCUCUCAGUUCAACACCAGCAGCUCCAUCCUGAAGACUGGAUUCGACUUCCUUGACAACUGGUAA